AUGGUGACUUUUCAUAUUCAAGGUCCAAUGGGCAUUGUCGUUCUAAGUUCUGACAAAGGAUUUCCUGUCAAGGUUCCUCCAAAACCCCUCCUAAGUUCAACGAAGAUAGGGUAUCUAACCAUAUGCCUCAAGGAGGAAACAGUAGUGGAUCUUUAUUGCCUACUUCUGCUAAGUGUGGAAAGAAGCAUGAGGUGGGAGUUAGAAGCAAAACGAUUCUAUGCACUUCAGACUCAUCGUGAGAAAGAGAGUUCUCCCGAUGUGGUUAUCGCUAUAAAGAUGAUAUCUAAGGGUAGCUUAUACCAUCUAGUUAGGGCAAGGGAUAUGGAUUCUGAAACCCCUACUCUUGAGUCGGUCACCAUUUCAAAUGAGUUUCUAGAAGUGUUUCCUUAUGAUCUACUCGAUUUUCCUCCUGAAAAGGAAAUAGGCUUCGGUAUUGACCUUCUCCCAGAUACACAACCUAUCUCUAUUCCUUAUUAUUGA